GCUUCGUUCGUCAGUCUGCUUCAGGCUGCCGUUCGGUUCGAACGUUUUGACUUUUCUCUAAUUUUUUGAUAAUUUAUUUUUGGUGUAUCUUUUUUGUGAUUUAAAUGUUGUGUUAUCGUGCACGAGACUCAACGAGUGACGAUGGCGACGGAGAUGUUAAGAUAUUCAUAUAUCAAGCCAAGAUAUCAAUUUGGGAAACAAUGUGUCUUUGAACACUAUGAUCGUAUAGCCGAAGAAGCGAUAUUACCAGAUCCAAAAUUCUUGGAUAAUUAUAUUCUUCGUUUAAAUAAUAAUUGCCAUGUACAGAAGUCUGUACAACUUGCGGUUCAUGAAGUGCAAACAAAAGUAAAGCUUGUGUGUAAUACAGGAACAUUCCAUACAGAGGGUGGUUGGCCAAAAGAAAUCAAUGUAAAUGAUAAUGAAGCUGUUUAUAGAUAUCGUCGACGUAUCGAAAGGCAUAAUAGUUGGGCUCCAUGUUUAAAAAAACUAGUACCACCAAUGGAACAUUGUGUGUUACAAAAUGGUGCGGUGAAUAUUCAUGAAGAAUAUUUCGACGAUCUGAUUCCAACAUCCAUUGCCAAGCAUUACAAUAUCAAGAACCGGAACUCGUACACGGAUCCGCAAGUGAUCAAGAGACCAAUCAGACAUCUGUCCUGGUGUGCGAGUGGUUCGAAUCGAUUGGCUGCUGCUUACUCCUUUACGGAAUUUGAAGAGCAUUCGGCCGACGUGAGUCCAGAGUCCUACAUAUGGGACAUCGAAAACUCCAGCAAACCAUACUGUACAUUAAAAUCAUCAUCUCCAUUAGUGACAAUUGAAUUUAAUCCUCGUGAUCCCGUGGUACUAGUUGCCGGUCUUUUGUCCGGCCAAGUGUGUUGUUGGGAUAUUCGAACAAGUGGUACACCCAUCCACACAUCCCAUCCUUAUUACAGUCACAGGUUUCCAGUGAGCCAAGCCCUUUGGAUCCCGUCGAAAGUGAACACAGAGUUUUUCUCAGCCUCCACCGACGGGGCUGUGCUAUGGUGGGAUACGAGGUUCCCAAGGAAACCGAGUGACAUCUUGGUGAUGGACCUCUACAGCCCAUCUAGAGCGGACAUCGUGAAAGCGAUCGGUGUGACGGCUCUCCAAUACGAACAGACCAUCAGCAGUAGAUUUCUAGCCGGCAUGCAAAACGGCAUGAUCAUCAACGUGAACAAAAGAAACCUUAAUCGUAUCGAAAAACUGGCGUCGAAAUUCAUGUGUUACACAGGACCGGUCGUCUCUAUCGACAGGAAUCCUGCUGUUGUAAAAAACUUUUUGACAAUCGGUGAUCGUUCUGCCAAAGUCUGGGCGGAUGAUACGAAGGAAGGAUGCUUUCUUAGAACUCGCGAAGAUGAAGAUCUGAGCGGUGGAUGUUGGAGUAAAUCCAGAUGCUCCGUGUUUUACGUUAUAAACACAAGAGGUGAAUUGAAAGCGUACGACAUUCUGGCGGGUAUAAGAACACCCUUGACAUCGAUUCAUGUUUGUCAGAACAAGUUAACGUCGCUAAGUAUCGAGAGCAAUGGCACACUAAUUGGUGUUGGGAAUCAUAAUGGCAAUAUAUACUUGUUGCAAUGCUCGGAGGAUCUAACGGUGUUCAGCAAAGAUGAGAGAAACCGUUUAAGUAACUAUCUGGACAGAUGCGGUCGAUAUCAGAAGGGACUCGACAAUCGAAUGAAAGAAUUACGAUUAAUUUAUGGUCCUGAUAUGGAAGAGGACCGUGUGCGUAGACGGCCGCCAAAGAAAGGCAAACGGAAAGAUAGCAAAACUAAGAAGAAGGAGCAUCACUUCAGCGGGGAUCAUCACGAUUCGCUAAAACGAAAGACCGUGAAAUUAAAAGGAAAGAGCGUUCGUAAAUCGAACGAACCACCAUUAGAGGAGGCAGAGGACGAAUAUUUCCGUAGAAUUGAAGAGGACUCCGGGAAAUAUGUGGAAGUAGAUAAAGAGGACGUAGAUGCAGCGCAGGAAUUGUUGAGGAAGAGGAUAGUCGGGGUUCCGCAGUAUGAAGAGGAGGACAAAGUAUCCGUGAAGGAGGAGCCGAAAAGGGAACGGAGAUCCAUCAGAAAGAUCUGGAGUCGACCAAAAAUGCAAAAAGAACUUCGAAGGACUUCGAAAGAGUCGAAAGAAAAGGUCAGCGAAGAUAUGGAUCCUCACUCGGCGAGGAUGCGAAGGAAAAGACGAUCAAGACAGAUGUUGAAGAAGAUUUGUGGUGCGAUCUGCAAACCGGAAAUUUGUUGCAAAGACAUGGAGGAGGUAUCAAAAGCCAAACGUUUGAAAGAAGCGCAACAAUAUAAACUGACGAUAAGGCUUCCCGAAAAAGUAAGAUCAUCCCUUAUCCAGGACAAAUUGUUCAGAAAAUUAACUACACAGCUCGACGAAAUCCCUGAUCUUUCACCGGCGAAUAAGAGGAGGAUGUUAACGCUGAAGAACGCACCGCCAAAUGUUCUACGUAAGGAACUUCAAAUAGCGAAAGAGGAAGUGCGUGCAUGGCAAGAGAGAGUUCUAGCUGGGAAUCUCAGUUCAUGGAUAAUCGAACGGAAACUGGAAGAGAAGACAUCGAAGAAGAUAGAGGCCGAAGAAAAGAAGGAACCGAAACCAGAACCGUCCUCUAAACAAAUUAGCGAGUUGUCGAUGAAGAAGAAACCGUCUAUGAGCAAAGAUUCGCUUUUUGGAAGAAAACGAUCAAUGAAGAAGAGAAAAACUAUGGAACAUAUGAAAGAAAUUGAGGCACAGAGGCAGCAGGAAUUGUGGAAUAGGUUGAAACAGAAAGUGAAGGAACACGACGAGAAGGACCUAUUAGAAAUGAAGUAUCCAAGGAUAUCUGCUGCUUUAGUGAAAACAUCUUCGGAAGACCUUCAGAAGAGGAAGUCUGAAGUAAAAAUAGAAACAUUUCUAGAAUUUCCAUCGGUACGUUGAAGAGCACGGCUCACAUAAAACAAUGGUUCUCUAAGAAGAAACAGAAAAGUGGAGCACUGAAAUCGGAGCGCAAGUUGUUCGAAAAGCGAGACAACCAAUUGUUUAAUCGAUCCACGUAGUCGGUGACAAGGGUCGUUUAGGAUUCAUCGUGGCUUUCUCGAUGGAAAGGAACACCUUUAAGCAUUCGUCGCUUGCACUCGAGAUAUUCUCCGGCAAGCCAGAAAAGUCGCGGAGGCAGGACAAACAAUCUCCUUAAAAAAGUUUCGUCCUGGAAGAAAAGCUGAUCCUCAAGCACAGCUUCGGCAAGCUUUCCAUUUAUUGCCGGAGUUUAAGGGACCGUUUCUCGGCCGAACUUGGACAGACAUUAUGGCGAGGAACACUGGAAGAUAAUCCGACUGGAAUCUCUGUUGGACGAAUGACGAACUUGUGACGAGCAUCGCGAAAAGUUUUUACCAUUUCCGCAGGUCACUCGCCACCUGUUUUCUGGAAGUUCAUGAAAAUUCUACUUUCUCUGAGAAAAAGGAAGAGAAAUCGAUCAGAAGAAUAUCUUGAUCGACCACCAAGACGAUGAUUUCGAGGAUAAUUAAUGCACGCUUUUGGGAAUAACGUUUAUGCAACGAUGCAAAGUGGCCGGAUAAUUUGUAGUUUCCGGAUGAAAGCCUAAGCGCCAUUUGGACCGGGAUAUUCUCGAAUCGGUUAUCACGGACAAUUGGGCCACUUCGUUCGCUUUGCUGAUUAAUGACACCUUUCCCAUUGAAGAUUCUCCAACAGGGCUCAUGCUCUGAAUUUCUCAUGAGUCUCGUGAAACUUAACUUGAUCAUGGAACAUCGAAUUAAUCGUCUCUUUUUAUCCAUAUUUCUACGACAAUUAUAACAACCUUACGAAGUGUUUAUUGAUAAAUUUUCUAGGAUUUAAUGAUGAAUUAUUGAUAAUAGAUGAAUGUAAUUAUUUUGUAAUUUUAUAACAAAAAUGUGUGUACUUAACAUUUUUCUAAUCAAGCUCUGCUAAUUAAUAUCCACUUAAAUCGGUUAAGAAAUUGAAUCGGACGAAUUGAAGGGGUUAAUAUUAGAAUCUUGCUCUUCUGUAAAUUCAUGUUUCGAAUCGUUUAGAUUCAUCAGCUAUAGUUGGCAAACAAUUACUACCUAUCGAACGCGUUUCCAUUGUGCAGGAAAAACUGAUCGAAGCGCGGCACGAUCUCAAUCAAUGACUCUCGCGCUAAUGAACAGGUGGAAUCAUUACUUGACACAAUACUUCCAAUUCACGGGAAUGUUUCAGAUAUCGAGUUGUGUUCGUUGGCCUCUGUUAUCAUGUUGUAAACAAGCACGCUGUAGUCUCGUGGAAAAAAAACCAAAACUCACGAUCUUCCUAUCUCUAUCUAUCUAUCUAUCUAUCUGUUAUUCGGAUUCCAAUUUUGCCGGCUUAUCCGGUCGGAGGGAAAAAGAUCCGGGGCUUGGAACAAUCGCAAUCCUAUUUUUUCUCUCUGUUUUAACGUGAGCUCGACCAAACAACUCGGAAGCCGACAAACCGGACAUGUACGCGUGCAUUAGCUGAUGAAGGAAAUAGAGAAAGAUAGUUCUACGGUUUAUCAGGGUUUUCGAGUUCAGAGGUCAUCGUGUAGUUGCAUUAAAGGUAAACGGAAAGAGGAUCGAUAGGAAUGCUGAGAAAAGAGGUAACGAAAUGAUAAAAGAUUGUAAGGAAUGUUUAACAAUUGAUCGAUUUAAGGAUCAAAAGGAUUCCAUUUGAAUAAUUAGCUCGGUGGAUCUUGGUAAAUUUUAUUUAGAUACCACAGUAUUUGAAUUUUUCUUUUACUUUAUAUUUCUUCAGCUUGCCAUUUGGAUAACCAUGC